UAUCAACGUUGCGCGGCCGUGGCAGCGGACCGUCGAAGAAGAAGGAGCAGCUCACUUCAAUGUGAUGGAAGCUGAGCUGGAGGAGGAAAGAUCAGAUGGAGCGACAGAGAAACUUUCUUUCUUUAUUGUACUGAAGCCGCCGGGGGUGGAACCACUAGCCGAUCACUGAGAGGACCGGACAGAUAUGCAGUCAUGAAGCGGGUCCGCACGGAGCAGAUCCAGUACACCGUGGCUCAGUAUCUCAAGCGCAGGCAGUAUGUGGACUCUGUUGACGGCUCCCUGAAAGCUGCCAAACUCUUCCAGACAGCCGAAGAAAUGGCUGCCAACCUCACCGUUCAGAGUGAGUCGGGGUGUACCAAUGUGGUGUCGGCCGCACCGUGCCAGUCAGACCCGCAGCAAUAUGAGUUGCAGUACGCGAGGCUGCGCAGCUUUCUUUCAGAAGCCGACAUCUCGUGGGCAAAGGAAGUGAGCGCGGUCCUCUACCCGCUCUUCGUCUACCUCCACCUGGACAUGGUGCGCUGCGGCCUGAAGUCGGCGGUGGACAGCUUCUACACGCGUUUCCACAGCGCCUUCCUGCACGACGGCGACCAGCGCGCCACGGUGGAGCAGCUGCGCCACGUCCUCGGCGCUCAGGACGUGGCGGCCAUCCCGCGGCUGAGCGCCUUUCUGGAGCACAAGUAUGUGGUGCGCCUCAGCGAGGGCGCCCACGGUUACCUGCUGCGCUACCUGCAGAGCGACGACAACGGCGCCAUCUGCAGGGUUCUCAGUGCGCACUUGCAACUUGAGGUCAGUGCCUCCAGACGAACCGACUACCAACUUUACGGGAUGACGGGCGUGACCGCACCUUCCACUGGCGCCCCCAACUCCAGCGAAGUUGCCGAGUCGGCGGCGGCGGAGCAGCUUCCCACGGGUGUCCCGCAGAGCGAGGCGGCCCUGGAGGCGCUGCGCGACUGCAUCAAGAAGGUCCGCGAGGGUCCACCGUCGCUCACCACCGUGUGCUUCUACGCCUUCCGGGACACGGAGCAGCUGCUCAACGCGGCCGAGGUGUCGCCCGACAGCCGCCUGCUCGCCGCCGGUUUCGAUAGUUCCGCCGUCAAGCUGUGGAGCCUCCGCGCCCGCAAACUCAAGGCCAAGCCGCACGUGAGCGACGUGUCUCGCGUACGCUUGGCGUGUGAUGUGCUGGAGGAGGAAAUGGAUGAGGAGGAUGGCUCGGGCAGCGAGAUCAAGAUGCUGCGUGGCCACAGCGGGCCCGUGUUCCGGACCGCCUUCCUGACGGACAGCUCGGGCCUGCUGUCCUGCUCCGAGGACACCAGCGUGCGCUACUGGGACCUCGGCAGCUUCACCAACACGGUGCUCUAUCAGGGCCACGGCUACCCAGUGUGGGACGUGGACGUGAGUCCGUGCAGCCUCUAUUUCGCCAGCGGCUCCCACGACCGCACUGCCCGCCUCUGGACCUUCUCGCGCACCUACCCGCUCCGGGUCUACGCUGGGCACCUGGCCGACGUGGACUGCGUCAAGUUCCACCCCAACUCCAACUACCUGGCCACAGGCUCCAGCGACAAGACGGUGCGCCUGUGGAGCACCCAACAGGGGGCGUCUGUGCGCCUCUUCACCGGCCACCGCGGACCCGUGCUGGCGCUGGCCUUCUCGCCCAACGGCAAAUACCUUGCGUCGGGCGGCGAGGACCAGCGCGUCAAAUUGUGGGACCUGGCCUCGGGGACGCUCUUCAAGGACCUGCGGGGCCACACGGACAGCGUCACCGGUCUGUCCUUCAGCCCCGACAGCAGCCUGGUGGCGUCCUCGUCCACCGACAACUCAGUCCGGGUGUGGGACGUGCGCAGCGCCCACGGCGCCGCGCCCCCCGACGGCUCGUCCGCUGAGCUGGUGGGGUCGUACACGGGAAACACCAGCAACGUGCUCAAUGUGCAGUUCAUGGCCUGCAACCUGCUGCUGGUGACUGGCACCGCGCAGGAUAAAACGGAGACGUAGAGUAUGCGGCGGACUUUCUCAUUCGCGACAUGUUAGCCAGGCGAAGGGGAAAACAAACCGUGUGUUGUGUUCAAAAUUAAUAGCGAUCCAGUGUGACUAACCGGAUGAAUCCACGGUUUCAGAAUUUUUUAUUGACACAUGUCAAACAAGUUACCAGUAGGUGCAGUAGAUUCUCAGAACACCAACAAGACCCAGCAUUCAUAUUUACACUCUUUUAAAGCUGUGCAGUUGAGCAAUUUGUUGAAAGGGGUGUGUUCAAAAAAAUAAAUAGCACUCUGCUGUUGACUUUACAAACUCAAAACUAUUUUGUACAAACUUUUUUUUUUGUGUGUCUGUAAUUGACCAAUAGUUUGAAUCACUCAAUAUUUAGUUGUUUGACCAACUGGUUCACAUCUGUGAUCUGUUGCAUGCCGCAAUAAAAAAAAAUGUUCUGAAAACAUGGAUUCAUCUGGUUGGUCACAUUGGACUGCUAUUUUGAACAUUUUUCAACAUCCUUGAUGAAGCAGCUGAGCCCUCACCUGACAUGUCCUUAAGUUGUGUAUUUGUAUGAACAAGGGAGGGAAAACAAACAUUUGUGAAGUGAAUACCAGAUUUGCUGCAGGGUGUUUAACAUCCUCUCGUUCUUUGAUGGUCAGGAUAUUCAGAUUGGCUGGAGGAGAAACUCACGAAAGGAGUACAAAAUUUAUUUUGGCGUUUAACUUCCUUGCCAUAGCAGCUCACUCCUCCCUUUACGUUAUCGGAUUGUUCGGCAAUAGGGAUAACAAAUGGGGAUAUGAAUUCAUUAUUGAAUUGCAAAAAAAAAAAUGGAUACACAACUAGAUUGCACUUUCUGCCAUCUUGUGGAAGAGCAUUUAAUUGUUCCGCCUGUCACUGUACGCCGUCGGCGUAGAUAGAUGAACAAAUACAUUAUUAGUAGUCAUUAUGUUUAUCAGACCAAUUCAGUGAAAUUGGGUAAUUUCCUGUGGCACAUGCGACGACGUGUCAUGGCACAGUGGUUGGGAAUCACUGAUGUAAAUAUUUUGUUUAUUUUUAAGUUUCUUAAGAAGCCAAACGUCUCAGCGGCGUUUGGAUAUUUCAGCACUGAGUCCCGCACAAGAAGUGUAGAUACUAUAGUGUAUUUUUGUAACAUGCUGCUCUGCCAGGGCUCGAAAGAACAUUAUUUUUUUUUUUUUUUUGCUACAAAGUUGUUUGUUUGAAUGUUUGUAACCUCUGAAUUUUCGUCGGUCGCCUCCCGUGGCCUCAAAAUAAAAU